AUGUCCACGAAGAUGCAUCCUCUGGACCCUCUAGCCCCCAGGGAGAUCGCACAGGCCGCCAGCAUCGUGCGCGCCGCAUUCCCUGGCCAAAGCCCUAAUUUCCGUUUCAUUACCCUGAAGGAACCCGCUAAGUACGACCUGGUCCCCUUUCUGGAGAGGGAGCAUCUCAAGCAGCCACCUUUGACACGUCCUCCCCGUACUGCCCACGUUCAAGUGGUAAUUCGCGGUGACUCGGCAUCGAAUGAGCUGAUUGAGCUCUUGGUGGACUUGAACCGGGGUGUCGUCUCGAAAAAAGAGCACCUCCCGGGGAAGCAUUCCUUUAUCGACUCGGCGUACAUGAAAGCGGUUGAAAAGUCUUGUAUGGCUGAUAGCAGGGUUCAAGCUGAAAUCGAAAAGCUCAAGCUGCCCUUGGGUGCCGUGGUCGUUGUCGAAUCUUGGGCCUACGCUACUGAUGGCAUGAAUGAAAUGUCCGAAAGGACUACAAUGAUACAGUGCUGGUUUUAUAUGCGGUUGGUGGACCACGCUGAUGCCAACUACUACGCCUAUCCACUCGAUCUUUGUGCUGAGGUGUCCGAACAACUUCAAGUUACCAAGAUCUAUCAUUUGCCAUCGUCCAAGGACGAGCGCACCCGUUCCAAUGCCCAGCCGUAUGAUCAGCGCAAGGUUCAUUCGACCACCGCCAGCGAAUAUCACCCUGAUCUACGACCUCCACCACGCACGACAACAAAGCCCUACCACGUCGUGCAGCCAGAAGGUCCCUCAUUCUCAGCUGAGGGCAACUUACUGACCUGGGAAAAAUGGACGAUACGGGUGGGCUUCAACUACCGCGAAGGGCUAACCCUUCACGAUGUCCGCUACGACGGUCGUAGCGUCUUCUACCGCUUGUCUCUGGCAGAGAUGUUCGUUCCCUACGGUGACCCGCGGGCUCCAUAUCCUCGGAAGGCAGCCUUUGAUCUGGGCAACGAUGGUGCCGGAAUCAACGCCAACAACCUGCAGCUCGGAUGUGAUUGUCUAGGCCUGAUCAAGUACUUCGAUGGCUGGCAUAACACUUCGUCGGGAGAACCGCUCAAACUCCCCAACGUGGUCUGCUGCCACGAGCAGGACGACGGCAUCCUAUGGAAGCAUACCAACUUUCGAACGCAGAAUGCAGUUGUGACUCGCUCGCGGAUCCUGGUCCUGCAAACGAUCAUCACAGUCAGCAAUUACGAGUAUAUCUUCGCGUUCCACUUUGGCCAAGAUGCGUCCAUCCACUAUGAGAUUCGCGCCACUGGCAUUCUCUCCACGUGUCCCAUCAAUAUCGAGGACAAGGUGCCCUACGGAACUGUGGUUGCUCCGGGCGUUCUUGCUCCAUACCAUCAGCAUCUGUUCUGUAUACGUAUAGAUCCCGCCAUCGAUGGGACUGCCAAUUCGUUGCAGGUUGAAGAAUCCAAUGCCAUGCCCAUAAAUAACCCGUCGAUUUACAAUCCUUUCGGAGUCGGAUAUACCACGAAUUCCAGCAUCAUCACUGAAGAAUCGGGACUGGACCUGGAUUUUGCCAAGAAUCGCUCCUUCAAGAUCAUCAACGAGCAGAAGAUCAACCCGGUGACUGGGACUCCAGUAGGAUUCAAGCUUCUCCCCUCUUAUAGCCAAAUGUUACUCGCCCAGCCGGGGUCUUACCACUCCAAGCGAUCCGAGUUCGCUGAUCACGCCAUUUGGGUCACCCGCUAUGAUGACGAGGAGCUUUUCCCGGCAGGUCGGCACACAAUGCAGUCUCUUGGGGGAGAGGGGAUCCGGUCCACGAUUCAGCGGCGCAAAAGUGAUCCUGAAAGCACAUCAUCGGUCCGAAAUGAAGAUAUUGUGAUCUGGCACACAUUUGGGUCGACUCACAACCCCCGAAUUGAGGACUGGCCCGUCAUGCCCUCGGAGAAGAUGGUGGUGGGGCUUAAGCCCGUCAACUUCUUCACGGGGAAUCCUGGCCUGGAUGUGGCAGUGUCGACUCAGGAGAGAAAUAGAAGUGCUUUGGUUGGGGAAGGGGGUAAAUCAGCAGGUGCCUGCUGCCGAUUGUAA